AUGGCCACUGUUCCCCUUGGCUUCAACAUCGACAACCCACGCUGGGACCAGAGCACCUUCCUGGGGCGCCUGAAGCAUUUUCUCAACAUCACUGACCCACGGACAGUGCUGGUGCCGGAGGAGGAGCUGGAUCAGGCCAAGGCCCUGGUGGAAAGCUGCAGGGCCGGGCUGGUGCCACCAGGAAGCAGCCAGGAGCAGCUGCUGUAUGCCAAGAAGCUGUACGACUCAGCCUUCCACCCUGACAGCGGUGAGAAGAUGAACCUCAUCGGGAGGAUGUCCUUCCAGGUGCCAGGGGGCAUGGCCAUCACUGGCUGCAUGCUCCAGUUCUAUCGGACGGUGCCAGCUGUGGUUUUCUGGCAGUGGGUGAACCAGUCCUUCAACGCCUUCGUCAACUACACCAACCGCAACGCUGCUUCCCCCAUCUCUCUGGGGCAAAUUGGAGUGGCUUACAUCACGGCCACUGGUGCAGCCCUGGCCACGGCAGUGGGACUCAACCUCUACACCAAGCGAGCACCCCCCUUGCUGGCCCGCUGGGUCCCCUUUGCGGCCGUGGCUGCUGCCAACUGUGUCAAUAUCCCCAUGAUGCGGCAACAGGAGAUCAUCAACGGGAUCACAGUGACAGAUGGGGACAACAAUGAGCUUGGCUGCUCCAGGAGAGCAGCAGCGAAGGGCAUCGUGCAGGUUGUGGUCUCCAGGAUCACCAUGGCAGCACCAGGCAUGAUUAUUUUGCCCAUCAUCAUGGAGCGUCUGGAGAAAUUCACCUUCAUGCAGCGGAUCCGCGCUCUCCAUGGGCCUCUGCAGGUGCUGCUCUGUGGGGGCUUCCUCCUGUUCAUGGUGCCAGCAGCCUGCGCCCUCUUCCCACAGAGAUGCUCCCUUGCACUGGCUGACCUUGAGCUGGAGCUACGUGACAGCAUUGUGGCCAAGCACGGAGACAAAGUGCCAUAUGUCUAUUUUAACAAGGGUCUGUGAAUGGAGACUACCUCAGGAGCCAUCGCACCCCUCCAGCCUCCUGCCACCACCAG